AUGAAUAUCUCUAGGAUUUUAUUCUGUUUGCUUAUUGUUAAAUGGUCUUACUCUGGAGGAACACUAGGAUUUCGAGUUACCAUUUUCAUUGGGAACAGAGUUCACUGUCUGAGGAACUUGGGAUGCUUUAGAAUGGGACCUCCUUUCGCCCAACCUAGAAGUCCGAUCAGCUACUUACCCAACAGCAGAGAGUUUAUCAGAACCAAAUUCCUUCUGUAUACCCGUCGAGAUCCUUGGUUUAACGAGAUUUUGAUUCCCGAUCAAAUAGAAACCAUCGAGAGUUCGAAAUUUAACUCCGAAUUGCCAACUAAAGUUAUAGUUCAUGGGUGUUUGGAUAGCACCCUUCUAACCACUUGGAUGAAGAGGUUGACACUCCAGUUGUUUUCUGUCGGAGAUUAUAACGUGAUUAUUGUGGAUUGGUUUAUAGGAAGCACCUUCGCUUCGUACGCUCAAGUGGUGGCUAAUGCAAGAGUAGUGGGAGCAGAAAUUGCAUUUCUAAUCAAACGUCUUCAGCUCGUCAAGGGGGCUAAAUUAAAGGAUUUUCAUCUGAUCUGCCACAGUUUAGGAGCACACGUUUGUGGAUAUGCGGGCAAACGAUUGAGCAAUCUCGGAAGGAUAACGUGUUUAGAUCCGGCAGGUCCUUAUUUUCGUAACGUUUCUCGUAAGGUUCGAUUGGAUGCUUCGGAUGCAAUGUUUGUCGAUAUUAUUCAUACGAAUGCAGCCGAAUCAAUAUUUAAAGCAUAUCCUCGAUCCGUUUGUAUGGACACAAACAUGCAUGGCUUCGAAUCUUGCGGAUUGUGGCCUUGCAAUCGCUUUAAGAUCGGGGAUGAGGAAUAUAUUGUUCUUGACAAAGAUGCUAAUCUAAGUGAAUCAGCGGAAGUCUCCCAGAAUCUGGCAACUGAAAGGCAGCAAGAACAAACAGAUACUUUAACGUGUGUGGCACAAUCCAAUCAGAUUACUGAGCAAGAACAGACUGAAGAAGUUAAAGAUUUUUAUUCUUAA